UGGCAAGCCCAUCACACACCCCUCGUACGUCACCGCUGUUACCCAAUCCCAUUCAAACUGGCGACACACAAAGAGGAGACCAGGUUCCCGGCUGCGGCCGCAGAAAGCCAUUGCUGGCGACAGAGGCAGAAGAAGGAUGAGCUGAUCAAAGUGGAGCAAAGAGAACAGACCUUACCGACUCACCGACACACACGUAUACACACCGACACACACACCGACAGAGUGGAAGACCCUUUAUCGAGAGGGAGAACCUUAAGCAACGACAGAGGCCCGACCAAGAGAGAAAGAGAGGACUUUUUUUAACGAGAGGAAAAGCCCCUUUAAAAGGGGGAGAAAAAGUCUUUAUCGGGAGAGUUCGGGCUUCAUCGGGAGACUGAGAGAGACAGAGAUUCUACCGCGACACAGACUUUAGCGGAGAGAAGAGACUUUUUACCGCGGCUGAUUUCCCGACUCCGGGAGCCGGCCGCACACACACACACUCACACACACACAGAGGGAGAGAGAGCGGUGUUUACCGGGACAGAUCGCCUGAUACCGGGACACAGAGAAGCGUCCUUCCCCGGGACACCGCAACCGGCCGCAGGAUGGGCGAUGAGAAGAAAGUUACUGGGACGUUGGUGCUGGCAGUAUGCACCGCAAUCAUGGGAUCCGCGCAGUUUGGGUACAACACUGGGGUCAUCAACGCGCCGCAGAAGAUAAUCGAGGGCUUUAUCAACGACACUUGGGUGAAGCGUUACAAUGAGCCUGUUAGCAGAUCAACGCUCACCUCCAUUUGGUCUCUGGCUGUGGCCAUUUUCUCCGUGGGAGGCAUGAUUGGAUCAUUUUCAGUGGGAUUGUUUGUCAACCGGUUUGGAAGGCGGAAUUCCAUGCUGAUUGUCAACGUCUUGGCCUUCAUUGCUGCGGCCCUGAUGGGUUUAUCCAAGAUCAGCCACUCGUUUGAGAUGCUCAUCGCGGGACGGCUUAUCAUUGGCAUCUACUCGGGUCUGAGCACGGGCUUUGUGCCAAUGUAUGUGGGCGAGAUUUCCCCCACGGCUUUGAGAGGAGCUUUGGGUACCCUGCACCAGCUGGCCAUUGUGUGUGGAAUCCUUAUCGCCCAGGUGUUUGGCUUGGAGUCCUUGAUGGGGAGCGCUAGACUAUGGCCGCUGUUGCUUGCAUUCACUGCCCUACCAGCACUGUAUCAGAUCAUCGCCCUGCCCUUCUGCCCCGAGAGCCCGCGCUAUCUCCUCAUCAACUUGAAUGAAGAAAGCAAGGCAAAGGCUGUUCUGAAGCAGCUCCGUGGGGUGGACGACGUGAGUGAAGACAUGCAGGAGAUGAAGGAGGAGAGCAGGCAGAUGAUGAGGGAGAAGAAGGUCACCAUGGCCGAGCUGUUCCGCUCACCCAUGUACCGUCAGCCGAUCAUCAUCUCCAUCAUUCUGCAACUCUCGCAGCAGCUGUCCGGAAUCAACGCGAUAUUUUAUUAUUCCACAAGUAUUUUUGAGAAGGCUGGAGUGUCGAAGCCUGUGUACGCAACCAUUGGCACUGGUGCGAUUAACACCGCAUUCACUGUUGUAUCGCUGGCUGUGGUGGAGCGUGCGGGGCGACGGACUCUACACUUGAUCGGCCUGGGGGGCAUGAGUAUCUGCGCCGUCUUGAUGACCAUCUCACUCGCCCUUCUGGAUCGGCUGAAGUGGAUGAGCUACAUUUGCAUCAUGGCUAUCUUUGGCUUUGUUUCCUUCUUUGAGAUUGGGCCGGGACCCAUCCCGUGGUUCAUCGUGGCUGAGCUCUUCAGCCAAGGUCCCAGGCCAGCUGCCAUGGCCGUGUCCGGACUCUCCAACUGGACUGCAAACUUCUUGGUGGGCAUGUGCUUCCAGUACGUGGAGCAAGUAACCGGCCCGUACGUAUUCAUCAUCUUCACCGUGCUGCUGGUCCUGUUUUUCAUCUUCACCUACUUCAAGGUUCCCGAGACCAAGGGGCGAACGUUCGAUGAGAUCGCCUCCAGUUUCCGCAAGGGCACCGAGGUUGAUUCUCCGGAGAAGGGAGGGCCUGAGGAGCUCAACAUCCUGGGUGCCGACUCCCAGGUUUAAGCAGGUUACCGAGUCAUGGAGCAAGAACGGAAGCCCAGAGGACAGUUUAUCCCACACUACUGAUAUACGCAUAAAGAAGGGGGAGGGGUGGGGGGGAUUGGAGGGAAGGGGGGGUGAACCGCGACUUGCUAAUCAUGAGUUUCCCGUGUCUGUGUAGGAUGCAAGUUCCAAUUUGCUGGCCAAUCCACAUCUCCAGUUCUGUUAAACCUUCUGCCUGAGCAACAAGACUAAUGUUUUGUAUUUCUUACGUAAUUAUCGAUUAAUGUUUCAAAGCUUUCCAGGUAUAGAGUUAAAUAUUUAUAUGUGGGAUAUGUUUAUAGUGUUUAUAGUACGAUAAAUUAUAGAGCUAAUGUAAAUAUAAUGAGCCCAAGGCACGAUAUAAAUGUACAAAUGUGGGUAAAAUGUGCUCUAGUUUGUGUAGACUUUGAUAGUUGUAUAUGAAUGGGGUUACUUGCUGUACAACACCCAAUGUAGAAAGCUAUUUCACAGCUUAAGAUAACCCAGAAUAUUUUUUAAAAGUGUUUGUCAAGUAAUGGAGAAAAUGUUAAAUUGACUCGAGUAUCCCUGUUGGCGAUAUUGGUGGAUAUAUCUCUCAUUCAUCUCCACGUUUCUCUGCUAGUUAACACGGCUAUUUAUGUUGGAACAAACCAACACAGGAACCACAACCAGCAAGGUUAAGCAAUUGUCAACUAGUUAAGUACUAGUUCAAUGAGCAGCGUUCUAAGGCCGGAAUGAACAGCAGACAUUUCUUUGGACGGUGAAUUUAUUUUAGCGAUUAUUCCCAGAAACGGUUUAAAACGUCUUGAAAUAAAUUGGGGGUGGCCAGUGAAGGGUGUGGUUGGGGAGGGGGUGCAGACUUUUAAUGUUUGUCCCAGUGUGCGUUGAGCCGUGAGUGUCAGUUGCGUAUAGGUAUCGUGAAAGAGAGUUUCUAUAGGACCACAUGUCCCCUCUUCAAUCCGGAUGCUUUAGAGAAGGCAAGUCUGUUUGUUUCAAAGUAACCAAUACAAUGCAAAGUUCCAUUUUCUAUCCAAAGUAUUAUUCACACCCUGGAUAUAUGAAUGGCAAUCUGC